AUGGACCCGCAGAGGCCCCUGCGAGCACCGCGCCGCAGGCGCUGGCUCGCCACCGGAGCAGCAGUGAGGCACCAUCAUCAGGACACGAAGCGCAUCGUCGUCUGGGCAGCCCGCCCACGGGGCCUGCACGGGCGCGAGCUCCUGCGGGAGCAGCGGUCCCCGACGGGGAUCACACGCGCCUACGAGCACGGGCUCCUCACGGGGCUCAGCACGGGGCGCGUUCUGAACUUGAAGCGGAAGCCGGAUGAGCAUCAGUUCUCUUACAACGCCCGGACGUCUGCUAGGAUUACUUCGUGGCUUACACUAUACAGCAUCAAGCCGUUGUACAUCAGAGUACUGACCGCUGUCUACAAGAGCGCGUGGCGAGACCAAUCGAAGUCCCUGCAAGAUUGGAUGCGCGAGUUCCCCUCCUUCGCGAACUCUGUCUCCGUCGCGUGGGAUCUCCCCGACGUCCGCAAAGCUUCGGCGAUCGAUUCAGAGCCGGCUCCACCAGCAGUCACACGCCUCCGGGUAGAGCGGUACACUUUGGACGAGCUCCCUGCUGCACAUGCCAUGCCGAAUUUCACGCACCAGGAUUUCCAAUGGGAUUGUGAGGCUGGACUCUUCGUGAUUGUAUGCGAUUGUAAACCCGUGGUCGACAUUCUGAUGGGAUGCACUUCGCCCCUUGCGAGUGUCUUACAUCAUCUGCCAGCAUUUCACCGGGUAUCUGAUCAACUUGCUCAGCUAGUGGAACGGGGACGCUACCCGCACCAAGCGUGGAUGGAUCCCUUGGUCUGGAAGAGACGUGAGUUGAACCAGCGCGCCGACCAUCUGGUCAACGCAACCAUGGACAUGCAGAAGUCCUGGCAACACGUUGAACCAAAGGAUCCGGACUUCAAGCUGGAGGACGCGAACGUGGAGAUUCAUUGCGACGGAGGGCGGAAAGGCUCGCAGGCCCAGGCCCUGGGCGUGCUGCCCGGGAUGCUGGCGACCUCCGUGGGCGGAGAGGCGAUAUCCACCUCGAGUGCGCUGGUCGGCGUGGUCAAGGCCGCACAGGCGGCGGGGGUCAAGACUGUCGCCAUCUCCUUCUCGGUGCCCUCCGGAACGGAGCCGGCCACGCGCGUCCAGGAGGCUGCUGCGGGAGCGCCCGCCCCGAACGGUGGCGGCAAGCGUCCCGCGGAGGGCCCACGGAGCAUCGAGGUCCAG